AGGAAGACCUGAAGUCGUAUCAACUAAACCUGCUCGAGACAUCAAAACUUGUCUUCAAGGUCUCCCCAUCAGACGUCUCUUGUGCAGUUUUAACAGAGAUUCUCGCUUCAAAUAGCCAAUCAAACUCAAUAGCUUUACAAUUCGAGCAGUGGUAUAAUUCCACUUCAUUGCGGCUCCAACAACUCGCCAUUCGAGACCCCGCAAUUGCCGUUAAACGAGAAUAUUUGGCCCAGCAGAUUUCUUCAUUUUAUGUGAAAUUCAUCACUGAGGUCAUAGAAGCUCGAGGGACCUUUAUCAAGAAUGCUAAUGAACAUACGAUACCCAAAUCAGUGGGCCGUGUUAUUGAAAGAGAGGUGUCCCUCUCUGUUUCCAGCUAUAAAUUUCCAUCUCCUCUGGCUUUCCGUUGUUCCUGGGGCGCCCAUCUCAACCGUGAGAGCCGUUGUAAGGCUCUAUUGAAAGGUGUCGACUCGAGUUUAGACCCAAAUCAGAGUCAUAGUCAAGAUACAAUGCGACAAUUGAGAUGGAUUGAAUUGACUUUGAUUGAUUUGCGGAGUGCGUCGCUUGACUCG